GUUCGGGCGGCGGCAUGUGCGGUCGAUUUGUGUGAGAUGACGAGGGGCCCGGGCAUCGCUGGUCUUCUGCUCCCGGCUCUGCUCUGUGGCCUGUUGUGCCCUCAAUUGGCCAGAACUGAGAACAUUUUGGCCAUAUUUUCGUAUACCUUCGGGUCGUCUUACCUAUUAAUCACACCAUAUCUGAAGAGCAUCGUGCAGCGGGGUCACCAGCUGACCCUGAUAUCGGCCACCACCGAAAUGCCCGAAAUCGAGGGAGUGCAUCACAUUCGCGUCGCCAAAUUGGAUAUGCUUAUGAAAAUACUCUUGGAGUUUGACUACGACAUCGAGCAAAGCAAGUGGAUGGAGGCUCAGUUUGUGUCCGAUUAUUUCUACAACUGUUCAAGGUUCGUGCUCGAGGAUCCCGGUGUGAAGGCGCUGCUCCGGAAUACUAGUGCCCAGUACUCUAUGAUCAUUCUGGAGGCAUCGCACACGGAUGCUCUCUACGGAUUCUCGCAGGUCUUUAACGCUCCUCUGGUGGGCAUCGCUGCCUACGGAUCAGCAUGGAACAUUGACUUCCUGGUGGGUAACUCGGCUCCGAGUGUCUACGAGCCAAUGUCCGCCCUGGGCUACUCUCCAGGUCUCAGUCUGCUGGAGAAGUGGCACAACCUGAUCUUCAUCACGGAGGAGCGACUGGUGGAGCGCUUCAUCUACCUGCCCCGUCAAAUUGAUCUGUACAAACAGAAUUUCCCCAAUGCGCCAGUCAGUCUUCACGAUCUCCGCCGGAGAUUCUCGCUGAUUCUGAUCAAUCAGCACUUUAGCAUGGGCAGGGUGCGGAGCAAUGUUCCCAAUCUCGUAGAGGUGGCAGGCAUGCACUUGCAUGAGCCCCCUGAACCCCUGGGAGCUGAACUCAAACAAUUUCUGGAUGAAGCGGAGCACGGCGUUAUCUAUUUCUCCAUGGGUCUGCAGAUGUUGGACAAGUGGCUGCCCCCAAAAAUGUUGGCCACAAUGUUGGCUGCUUUUAAGCAACUGAAGCAACGCGUGGUUUGGAAAAGUAAUGACCCAACAAUGGCCAAUAAAUCGACGAAUGUGUAUGCCAGAGGACUUCUGCCGCAGCGUGCGAUUCUCAAGCAUCCCAAUGUCAAGCUUUUUAUCACCCAUGCCGGUCUCCUGAGCACCAUAGAGUCCACCCACUACGCCGUGCCUCUAUUGUGUCUACCGAUCUUCUUUGAUCAGUUCCAGAACAGUGAUCGCAUGGAGAAGAUAGGAGUGGCCCGGAGCCUGGACAUCACGGGUCUUAUGCCGGAGAUGGUGGUGGAGGCCAUCGAGGACCUGACCCAAAAGCCCAGCUACAAGCAGAGGGCCCUCGAGUUGUCCGCCAGAUUCCACGACCAGCCCAUGACGCCCAUAGAGACUGCUCUCUGGUGGACGGAGUAUGUCCUGCGGCACAAGGGAGCAGACCACAUGCGAAUCGCCGAGCAGGAGAUGUCUCUGGUGCAGUACUACAAUGUGGACGUGGUUUCGGUUCUCUUCGGCAGGAUCGGACUGAGUGCCAUGAUUGUGAUUUUUCUCGGCUGGAAACUGGUUUCGUUGGCAACGCGGAACCUUGAGUAUCGGUUCAAUGUACCCAUGGUAAGGUAGCCACAAAGAUAUUUCAUUUAAGAGCAAGUAUACGUUAGAAAAAUGUAUAUAAAUUUAUCAAUGCGCUCUCUAUUUGCAAAACAACUUCAAAUAACAACGUUGUAAAUAUAAAAUAAAGCAUCCUUUUGUUUUAAAAAGGGUUACGAGUUAGAAAUUUGUUUAUCAGUUUACGUUUAUUGUUAUAAAUCAUGUUAAUUAUAUAAAAAAUAUAUUUUAAUUGAAAAACUUUAAAUAAGAAGAGAUCUCUGUAUUUUUAUUAACCAUCUUAAUUAUUAUUAACCAUUAUUGUAGUAAUUUUUAACUCAACUUUUCGCAAAUACUUACACUACAAAACUUGAAAAAAAAAAAACAAACUAAAUGUUUAUAACCUUGCGAUUGCUUAAGCUGAAUGCUAUAACUUGAUAAGCAGCGUCCAAAACCGCGUGAAUUGUAAAUGUUUGUAUCAGUCCUGAUAGUGCAAUAUCUUAUCAGUCGGUGGAAUAGCAACAGAAUGCGAAAGAAAUUAUUUUUCACU